CGUUCAAAUGUUUCUGAAUGUAAAGAGACGCUCAAGCUGCUUCAUGUAAUCAAUCCCGCGGAUGUUCUCUUUCCCAAGUCAGUAGGCUUGUUGAGUACAUCACUUUCAGUCAUCGAUGCCACGUUUAUGACAGCGACUGAUGAUGUGCGCGUCAGUUUUUUAGAACAUGUGGAAUUCCAGAUCUGAUAUGUCUCUGUGUUCACCGAGCUCAACCAACCUGCCGCUUCUUGGAUUGUGGCGAAAACCGCUGGAGCGCUGUCCGGGGUUCUGAAGUCCUGACACCCCAAGAGGCGAAGAGAGCAGAGGCUUUCCGGGGUGUAUAGCGGUACAACUCAAGCUUGGAGAUGACUCGGAAAAGGCUGCAUUCUGUAGCAGUUUGGGGAUUCUUCGCCUGGGAAAUAGCAGUUAUGAUGAGUCUGGUGGCAUCGAAGGAACCUGACAGCCCCCGGGGAAGAACAGUUCCCAUGACUUCGUCACCCUCUGACUUCUUGGACAAGCUCAUGGGACGGACUUCUGGCUACGAUGCAAGAAUCAGGCCCAACUUUAAAGGUCCUCCGGUGAAUGUAUCCUGCAACAUAUUCAUCAACAGCUUUGGGUCUAUUGCAGAAACAACAAUGGACUACAGGGUGAACAUCUUCCUGCGACAGCAGUGGAACGACCCUCGGCUGGCGUACAGUGAGUAUCCGGACGACUCCCUGGACCUGGACCCUUCCAUGUUGGACUCCAUCUGGAAGCCCGACUUGUUCUUCGCCAACGAGAAAGGAGCCCACUUCCAUGAAGUCACCACAGACAACAAGCUCCUGAGAAUAUUCAAGAACGGCAACGUUCUUUACUCCAUCAGAUUGACACUUACUCUGUCAUGUCCCAUGGAUCUGAAGAAUUUCCCCAUGGACGUGCAAACGUGCAUUAUGCAGCUGGAGAGUUUUGGCUACACCAUGAACGACCUGAUCUUUGAGUGGCAGGAGAGGGGUCCUGUCCAGGUGGCCGAGGGGCUCACAUUACCCCAGUUCAUCCUCAAGGACGAGUCCGAUCUCCGCUACUGCACCAAGCAUUACAACACAGGUAAGUUCACCUGCAUCGAAGUGCGCUUCCACCUGGAGCGUCAGAUGGGCUACUACCUGAUCCAGAUGUACAUUCCCAGUCUGUUGAUCGUCAUCCUCUCCUGGGUCUCUUUCUGGAUCAACAUGGACGCGGCGCCGGCUCGUGUCGCCCUUGGCAUCACCACGGUGCUCACCAUGACAACACAGAGCUCAGGCUCCAGAACAUCGCUGCCCAAGGUGUCCUAUGUGAAGGCCAUAGACAUCUGGAUGGCCGUGUGCCUGCUCUUCGUGUUCUCCGCCCUGCUGGAGUAUGCUGCGGUCAACUUUGUCUCCAGGCAACACAAGGAGCUCCUCAGGUUCCGCAAGAGGAGAAAGAAGACCAAGAGUCUCACGCCAGUUCUCGAUGGCGAGAACUCUGACUCACUGCGUCGUAUCAACGGCAUGAGAAGUGCUGAGCCCAUAUAUGGAUCUAUGGGCCAUAUCUACAGUCCACACUACAGGGAGGACGACGUGCGGGAGAGCCGCCUGAGCUUCACGGCCCCAGCGGGCGCCACCUGCACCACGGGGAAGGACGGCGCCGCCCCAAAAGCCGCCAACAACAGCGCGGUUCAGCCGGCCCAGUCCAGUGCCCAGGCCGCCGCUGCCGCCGCAGCCAAAAGCCACGAAGAGAUGCGCAAGCUCUUCAUUGACCGCGCCAAGAAGAUCGACACUGUCUCCCGCGCCGGCUUCCCCCUGGCCUUUCUGUUUUUUAACAUUUUCUACUGGGUCCUGUACAAAAUCUUGCGCCAUGAGGAUUUUCAUAAGUCAUAAGCGUGAGUGUGACAGAGCCACCUGUAGAAGUACGGGAUGGAAAGACAGCAUCCUUAGGAUGUUUUACAUGCCCCUGUUGGCAACUACGGACCACUGAACAGUGACAUCCGCUGCAAAAUGAAGUCCUGCCAAGACACCCAAAACACACACUUGCAGAUGUGCACACACACAAGCUAAUACAUCCAAAUUGACUUGACUGCACAAAGAACCUGUAAAAACUAUUUGGGAUAUGUCUCAAAACUUAGCUGCUGUCAAGAUGUGCUGGACUGAGCCCACAAGUCCCCAUGCCCAAAAACAAACCAAGCCAACCACUGAGGUCUCUAUGCAACAUGGAAAAUGCAUUAAUGUGGUCCAGAUUAUAAUAAUUAACUCUCCCUCUCUCUCUCUCUCUCUCUCUCU